AUGGGCGAGAAUGUUUGGGGCCCGCCAGGGCAGGAGUCCUGGGUUACCAUGGACGAUGGCUGCGACAUCUUGCUUCGCAAAUGGGCGCCCGAAGGUCGGAGCGUUGCAGUUCUACAUAUAUGCCAUGGGCUAGCUGAACAUUCAGCGCGAUAUGCUGGUUUGGCACAACGGUUCGUAGCUGAGGGCUUCAUUGUAUAUGCAUCCGACAACAGGGCUCAUGGCCAGACUGCCCUGAGGGCAGAGGAGAAAGGUGUUCAGGGUCACCGGCUUGGGCAUGUGGACGUGCCAAAUGGCAAGGAUGUGGUACAGAGGAUCGUGGAGGAUCACGUCUUCCUUUGCAGCCGCGCAGCUCAAGAGCACGGCUUGCCAUUGGUUAUUCUCGGCCACUCUCUGGGCAGUGUGAUUGCGACCCACCUUGCGGCAAACCUGAAGUAUGCGCCUGCUGCCGUGAUUCUCAGUGCGGCACCUGCCAGACUUCCAUCCUUGAUCCAUCUGGCCUUUGGACCGCUGCUGCAGAUCUUGAGCAUCGUGCAUGGAGUGGGAGGCGUAUCACAGCUGAUCAGCACGCUUACAUUCGACAAAUGGAACAAGGAGUUUGCACCAAAUGCGACCGACAAUGAUUGGCUUAAUCGCGACGCAGCCGAAGUGCAGAAGUAUGAGAACGACCCCCUCUGUGGUUUCAAGGUCAGUGUCGGGUUCUGGAAAUCCGUUUCAAUGGCUAUCAAAGCAGCCGGCAGCAAAGAGACGUUGACCAGGCUUCCAAAGUGCCCCGUGCUUUCGAUUCAGGGCGGGCAGGAUCCUUGCACUGUGAACGACUUAGGUACCAAUUCUUCUCAGCACCUAGUAUCCGAAUUCCGAGCGGCUGGACGUGAGAUUCACAAGACCAUCUCUUACAGUAAUGGCCGCCAUGAGAUCUUGCUUGAGACGUGCAGAGAGGAGGUCAUGCAAGACUUGAUCGAGUUCCUUCGACGGAAUGCUCUCUCUCCUGCGAUGCAGAGCAAACUGUGA